AUUUAUGAGAUUUGACUGCAGCUUUUGCUCAAGGAGAGGUAAUGGUGUCUCGUCUACAUGAGUGUGGGAGGAUUAGGUCUGCGCAGCACACUGUUCCUAUGCUGUAGCAGAAUUUGUGGGUGUCUGAGGGAGUGGAAGCCACUGGAACUAUAGAAGGAAAACUCAGAGAUUGGGCACCAAAUACGUAGUCUCCAUUUCUGAAAAACUCCUGACACAAAAAACUAGGAAGUUUUGUCCUUCUGCAUUUCAAAGUCCCGCCUGCCAGUGAGCACUUUUCUUUUGAAGACGUUCUGUUGGUGGCUUUAAGGGCAUUUUCUCCUGAUGCAUGUGUGAUUUCUCCACCGAUACCUUCUGAGAAAGAAAUCUAGAGGACGAGGGGAAAGAAGAAGAAAUGCCCAGCUCUCAGACACUGCUGACCUUCAGGGACGUGGCCAUCGAAUUCUCUCAGGAGGAGUGGGGAUGCCUGAAUCACAGUCAGAGGGAACUGUACAGAGAUGUGAUGUUAGAGACCUAUCGACACCUCCUCUUCUUGGGUCUUGUGUCAAAACCAGACCUGGUCAUCGUUUUGGAGCAAAAGAAGGAGCUGUGGGGUGUGAAGAGAAAAGAGACAGUAGCCUCACACCCAGCUGUAUCUUCACAAUGCACCCAGAAUUUCCUGCCAAAGCCAUGCUUAGAACCUUCUCUCCAAAAAGUGUCAAUGGGUGAACAUAGUACCCAUGAGAAUUUACACUUAAUGAUAGACUGGGACAACGAUGGGGAGAGUGAAGGGCAUCAAACAUAUCAUGAUGGACAUUUCCAAAUGGAGACAUCUGCCCAUGAGAAGAAUCUCACUGCCCCAUAUGGUGAAGGAUAUAAAGCAUUUUGUAAACCCUCCCCUUUUAAGUUAGCUACUUCUACAAAGCAGUGUGUUUCUGUCACCAAAAACUCAAGUCAAAGAUUCAAACAUAAAUAUUUGUUGAAAGAAAGUUUGGAAAAUCUGGCAAGUUACCUCAUUCAGGUGGAAAAUAAGUAUUUGAACCAAUGUGAAAAUAGGAUUGGAUUGACCUUUCAGACAACUGUUUCUGGAAAUCAUAGAUUUAAAAAUGAAGAUGAAAGUGUUAAGGGGUGUCAAUUUGAGGAACACGUCAGAAAGGAGUCAACCCUACACAACUACGAGAAUAUUUUCAAUGGGCAUAGAAUUGCUCCUUGCAGUGAAUCUGAGAAAACAUUUAACCAGGGCUCAAAUGUUAACAAAUAUCUGAGUACUCAUUUGCCAGACAACCAUUUUGAAUGUGAUAAAGGUGAAGAAGUUUUGUCUCAAAGAUCUAAACAUAUUAUACAGAAGAGUAUGCAUAUGAGAGAAAAUCCUUAUAAUACCUGUGGGAAAGAGCUGAAGGAGUCCUCCAGUGUUGGUGAUCAUCAAACAAUUUGUGUGGGAAAAAACACAUACACGUGUAAUAAAUCUGGAAGUGUGUUGAGUCAGUCACAAAGACUAAAUGCACAUAAGACAAUUGGUCCUGGAGAGAAAAGGUACACUUGUAAGGACUGUGGCAUAGUCUUUCACUGGCACUCGGCACCAUCUCAACAUCAAUGAAUGCAUGCUGGAGAGAAAUUGUACAAAUGUGAAGAAUGUGGUAAAACCUUUAAGGACUGCUCAUCACUAAAUAGACACAGGCAAAUCCACAUCAAAGAGGGACUUGACAAAUAUCGGCAAUGUGGCAAAGACUUUAGCAGGCACCCCUACCUUCUUAGACAUCAGAGCAUCCAUACUGGAGAGACCCCUUACCAAUGUAAAGAAUGUGGCAAAGCCUUUAGCCAGCGCUCAAACCUUACUCGACAUCUCAGAAUUCACACUGGGGAGAAACCUUACCAAUGUAAAGAUUGUGAUAAGGCCUUUAGCCGGCACUCACACCUUGUUCAACAUCAUAGAAUUCAUACUGGAGAGAAACCUUACCAAUGUAGUGAAUGUGGCAAGGCCUUUGGCCAGCACUCACACCUCACUCAACACCACAGAAUUCAUAGUGGAGAGAAACCUUACCAAUGUAAAGAAUGUGGCAAGGCCUUUAGCUACCACUCAGUCCUUAUUCACCAUCACAGAAUUCACACUGGAGAGAAACCUCACCAAUGUAAAGAAUGUGGCAAGGCCUUUAGUCAGCAUUCAAAACUUACUGGACAUCUCAGAAUUCAUACUGGAGAGAAACCUUACAAAUGUAAGGAAUGUGGCAAGGCCUUUACCACGUACUCAAACCUUAUUCGACAUCUCAGAAUUCAUACUGGAGAGAAAUCUUACCAAUGUAAAGAUUGUGAUAAGGCCUUUAGCUGGCGCUCACACCUUAUUCAACAUCAUAGAAUUCAUACUGGAGAGAAACCUUACCAAUGUAGUGAAUGUGGCAAGGCCUUUGGCCAGCACUCACACCUCACUCAACACCACAGAAUUCAUACUGGAGAGAAACCUUACCAAUGUAAGGAAUGUGGCAAAGCCUUUAGCUUUCAUUCAAACCUUAUUGAACACCUCAGAAUUCAUAGUGGAGAGAAACCUUACCAAUGUAAAGAAUGUGGCAAGGCCUUUAGUCAGCAUUCAAAACUUACUGGACAUCUCAGAAUUCAUACUGGGGAGAAACCUUACAAAUGUAGGGAAUGUGGUAACGCCUUUAAGGACUGCUCAUCACUAAAUAGACAUGGGCAAAUCCAUAUCAGAGAAAGACUUGACAUAUGUCAAUGUGGCAAGGUCUUUACCAGGCACUCAAUUCUUAUUCGCCAUCUCAGAAUUCAUACUGGAGAGAAACCUUACAAAUGUAAGGAAUGUGGCAAGGCCUUUAAAGGACCCUCAGACCUCACUCGACAUAACAGAAUUCAUAGUGGAGAGAAACCUCACCAAUGUAAGGAAUGUGGCAAGGCCUUUACCAGGCGCUCAAACCUUAUUCAACAUCUCAGAAUUCAUACUGGAGAGAAACAUUACCAAUGUAAAGAAUGUGGCAAGUCCUUUACCCAGCCCUCAAUCCUUACUCGACAUCACAGAAUUCACACUGGAGAGAAACCUGAUAAUGUAAAAAGAAUGUAAAUCAGUGCCUGUAAGUGGUGCCCAGCCCUUACGGGACAUCAGAAAAUUCCUAUUGGAGAGUAACCAUACAAAUGUAAAGAAUGUGCAAGCUCUCCCUGCAAGUCACAACUUACUCCACAUUCUAGUUAUCACAUAGGAGCCAAAGUGUGAAAUGGAAAGUGGCCACACCUUUACCUGGAAGUCAACUUUUGUUCGAUAUCACAAAAGACACCCUAGAUGCAAACCCUAGAAAUGUAAUGAGUGAACAAAGACCCUCAUUUUAAAUAUAUGCUUUAGGAAACACAAGAGACUGAAUAUAAGAAAGUAACUGGAAAGGUAGAUUUACAAAAGUAUUUCAUUGAACAUCAAAUGUGAAUCAUGUUACAGAAAUCAGGUAGAAAGGAGUAUAUCAGUCAUUUCAUUCAGACAUUGCUUCAAAAUACUUAUAACGAAUAAUACAGAGUUAGACACUUA